UUGCAAGCCAGAGUCACCAGGAAAGCUUGUCUUCUCUGGUUCCCAUUGGUGGCUGAUAACUCUGCUCUGAAUAUUCUUUUUUCUUAACUGCAAGGACUGUUUAAAAUCUUCCAAUGUCUAGCGAAUUGAAGAACAAAGGUAAACGUGAACUAGCUGAAGGUGGCCAGAGGGAAAAUCCAGAAAGGACCUUUGACUUGGUAUUGAAAGUGAAAUGUCAUGCCUCUGAAAAUGAAGAUCCGGAGGUGCUGUGGAAGUUCCCAGAGGACUUUGCAGACCAGGAAGUACUACAGACUGUGCCAAAGUUCUGCUUCCCCUUUGACGUUGAAAGAGCGUCUCGGAAUCAGGUUGGACAGCACUUUGCCUUUGUGCUGACGGACAUUGAGAGCAAACAGAGGUUUGGGUUCUGCCGACUCACCGCAGGAGGCAAGAUCUGCUUAUGCAUCCUGAGUUACCUGCCAUGGUUUGAGGUAUAUUACAAGCUUCUAAAUACUCUGGCAGAUUACUUGACUAAGGAACUGGAAGACAAUUUGAAUGAAACUCUGAGAUCUCUCUAUAACCAUCCAGUACCGAAGGCAAACACCCCUGUCAGCUUGAGUGUGAACCAAGAGAUAUUUUUUGCCAGUGAGCAAGUUCUGAAAGAGCAGCCCUCCUUAGCACGGCAUUCCUGCUUCAUUGCCCCUGAUGUAACUGGACUGCCAACCAUCCCCGAGAAUAGGAACCUCACGGAGUACUUCGUGGCCGUGGACGUGAACAACAUGCUGCGGCUCUUCGCCAGCAUGCUGCACGAGAGGCGCAUCAUCGUCACGUCCGGGAAGCUCAGCACCCUAACCGCCUGUCUCCACGGCUCGGUGGCCCUGCUGUACCCGAUGUACUGGCAGCACAUUUACAUCCCGGUGCUCCCCCCGCACCUGCUGGACUACUGCUGUGCCCCCAUGCCGUACCUGAUUGGAAUACACUCCAGCCUCCUAGAGAGAGUGAAAAAUAAAUCACUGGAGGAUGUGGUUAUGUUAAAUGUUGACACAAACACUUUAGAAUCACCGUUUAAUGACUUGAGCAGCCUUCCAAGCGAUGUGGUCUCAGCCCUGAAAAAUAAACUGAAGAAGCAGUCCACAGCUACGGGGGAUGGAGUAGCCAGGGCCUUCCUCAGGGCGCAGGCGGCUUUGUUUGGAUCCUACAGAGAUGCUCUGAGAUACAAACCUGGUGAGCCCAUCACGUUCUGCGAGGAGAGUUUCGUAAAGCACCGUUCAAGUCUCAUGAAACAGUUCUUGGAAACUGCAGUCAACCUCCAGCUUUUUAAGCAGUUUAUCGAUGGUCGACUGGCAAAACUAAAUGCAGGAAAGGGUUUCUCUGAUGCAUUUGAAGAAGAGAUCACUUCCGGUGGCUUUUGUGGAGGGAACUCGAGGUCAUAUCAGCAGUGGGUGCAUACUGUCAAGAAAGGAGGUGCACUGUUCAACACAGCAAUGACCAAAGCAAGCCCUGCUGUACGAACAGCAUACAAAUUUGCCAAGAAUCACGCUAAGCAGGGGAUAAAGGAGGUGAAGAGCAAGCUUAGACACAAGGAAAAUGAGGACGACUAUGGGACUUGUUCCGGUUCCGUGCAAUACACGCCCAUUUACACGUUACACAGCGAGAGCGGAGCAAACCUAGCCAGGCGUAAGCUUUCCCAGUCACGCCUUAGGCCUCUGAAGAGUCUGGAUGGAGCCCCAGAUGCUGACGAUGAGGAGGACGCCGAGAGAGCCAGCAAGUUGUCCUCUGAAGAUGGAGAAGAAGCUUCUGCUUACUUCUACGAAAGUGAUGACUCAUUUGAAACAAGAGCAAAGGCUCCUUCCCAGGGUGAGAUGGACUUGCUGGGUGAGAUCCUGGACACGCUGAGCACGCACAGCUCGGACCAGGGGAAGCUGGCGGUGGCCAAGAGCCUGGACUUCUUCAGAUCGAUGGACGAGAUAGACUACAAGCCCACGAACAAAUCCAACGCGCCCAGCGAGAGCAACCUGGCCCUGCUGUGCAGCGGCUCUGGGGACCAGGCUGGGUGGCACCGGGGCCAGGAUGACAGCGCCCUGCUCGGCCGGCAGCUGCCUCCCUCGCCCAGGAAGCGGCUGUCCUCCAGCGCGGGCACCGACCCUCUGUUCAUCCUGGAGGAGGAGGCGGGCGAGCGACCCCUCGGCGCAGGGAGCCGGCCCCCGGCGCCAGGGCAGCCGGGCCCCCCUCCAGGCGCUGGAGCGCCCCCUACGGAGAGGAAGGGAACGCUGAGCCCGACUGUGGACGAGCCGCCGGAGCCCGGCCUGGGGCGGCGCCUGUCCACGUGUGUGCCCUGGGAGAAAGAAGGGGAAGAAGCUCCAGAGGCCGCAGCGGGGUCUGGGCUGCUUCAGGAGGUGGUGUCUUUGUGUCAUAUCACGUCUGCUUUCCAACAAGACCUGCACAUCUCAGGAGGGAGGGCAAGUGGGAACCAAGCUUAAGUCAGCAAACGAAGUGCCCGUCACUGGCACCCAGCCUUCCACGGGGACGUUCAGGAGCCCACCACCCUGUGUCCUAAACAAGGAGUGGUCGGAAAGGCGACUCUUCCUGCUGUCUGAAGUUGUUUUUCAUUUGGGACACUUACCCGUCCGCGCUUUCGUCUCCUGGUAGGUCGAUGAUCCAUUGAUUUUUUAAACGUAAAGCUAAUUCUCCUCCUGUGCCCUUCAGUCAGGUACGAGUUUGUAUGUAUGUAUGCUUAAAGUAUAUAUUGAACAUCCGAUUUCCCAGUGUUUGGUGCUUAAUGCCACUUAUUUAAAUUAAGUAUGCAUCUAACCCUUGCACAUAACCAGUAGCUACUGUACUAACCUGGUUGAGCAUGACCUGGCCAAGAUAUCAAAACCUAUCAGAACUAGCCUGAAACUGUUGACCCACUGAUUGCCUUAAUCUUAAGCCUAUAUUAAGCAUACUUAACCUAAUUUAUGGGAUUCCAUGUAAAUUCUGAAAGAUAAGUUAUGUGUUCUGCAGAGCAAUAAUGCCUUUUUCAAUUAAUCAAAUCAAGGACAGAAUUCAUUUUUUCAAAGUUUAAAGGCUCUCUCGUGGACACUGCAGCCAUGUUUUUCAAAAAGUAUAAAGGUACACACAUUUACCUGUCACUCAGUGAAAUACAUGAAAUGCUGAGUUACAAUGUGAAAGUAAUGACUGCUGUUUACAAACGACACUUUAAAUUUCUUCACAGCCUCUCUUUGCCUUCGCUAACUAGGAGUCACCCCAGAAAGCCAGAUGAAACAAAAUGUCCUAGUUGAAAAAUGGGCUUGUCUGUUUUCCUCCUAACUAAUAAUUGUCUACCAGAAUGCUUCAUGACAUCUCAGACUUACUGCUAAAAUAACUGACUUUAUAUUUGGCAAGUGGUAGAUCUGCAGGCCCAGUGCAGCGCAAGGGCAGAGUCCCCGCAUCUGUCUGCUCAGCAUGUCCGCGGUGUUUAAGGUCCUGUACCCGUGCAGUACGUCUUCACAGUUCAUAAGCCGUCACGCAGAUUUCCUUGGUUCUCCCCUAACACCUGUUUCUGUCCCGGGAUCCCGCCCCGGGCCCACCUUCCGCAAGGCUGUCAUACCUUCUCAGGCUCCUCUUGGAUGUGACCGUCUCUAGACCCUCCUGGUCUUCGACGACCUGGGUGGUUCCGAGGACAGGUCGGGUCUGCUGUCGGCCACACCGCUGCCAGACCUGUCCAGCAUUUUUCCUGUGGUCGCGGUGGGGCGGUGGGUCCCGAGGAGGGGCUCACAACAGAAAAGCGCCGUCUCCAUCAGCCCAGCCUGCCCCCAGGGCUUGCGAACGUUGCUGCUGGCCGGGGUCAGCCGGCUGGGCUCCUCCCGGGAAAGCCGCGCCUUCCCUCCGGUCCUCCUGCCGUCUUGGGGAGGAGACAGCACGCACAGCCUCCCUGAGGGUGGGGCCUGCGCUUCCGGUCUGAUGCAUGGUAUCCACACACAUUACUUGGAAUCCUUCUGCAUGGGACAUGGUCCCUCCCCCCUCAAAUUCACUGUCACACUGGGAAGUUCUCCUGAGAAGGAAUCGAGCAUUGAUUAUUACUAUGAGUCUAGCCAGUAAUGAAGCAAUCAGGAAAAAACAACAGUGAUGUUGUGGUUCCUUGGUUGUUCGCUUUUUCAGUAUAUGUACUCUAUGCAUCCCCAAUCAUGAUGGUUUUCUUAAUUUAUCAUUUUAGGAAAGGUUUGACAAGCCACUCAAGAAUUCCCAUCAAAAACUGUGCUCUAGAAUAUUUACUGAAAUACGAAUUUAAUUUUCAGUUAAGAUCCUGGAAGAGGCUUUGUUAAAAACAUUGCUUAAGAUACUUAUUCAGAUCAGUCUUUAAAUAAUUUGAAGACAAUGGCCAAGGUUUUCCUUUUUAAGGUAGAUUCCAAAAUCUUAUUGGAUAUAUUUUGGGAGGACAGUUAUUCAUUCAUGUAUAUGAAGGAAGACAGAUCUUGUUUUCCUUAUAAGGAUGAACUCUGUAAGUAUUAAGGGGGAAAAGUCUGUAAUCCUUUUUUUAACACAAAAGUAAGAUUCAAGGUUCUUGUUAAAUUUUGCCUUUAUAUACUCACUACAAAGUUCCAUUUUAUUUAAGUAUAUAAAAAAGUCCAUUUAUCAGAAGAGCUAUUUUAAAUGAGAGGGAAAAACUGUCACUCUGGUUGCCAGUCUGCUGGGCAGAUAUUAUUCAUAACUUUGAAAAGAAUGUAAAGUAGCCCUUGACUACGAAUAUUGAAAUGAGGCAUUUUUUCCUUUAGAAUUCUCCGUCUGGAGAAUGGGAUCACUGUGAGUGUAGUAGCCUUGAUAGAAUCUGGGUUUUAGUCCAUUUGCUCAGUAAGCUUCAGAGCCUCAGAAAUGUGAGUUCUUCUCUGUCUCGGUCACCUCCCCAGGUGUCUGACCAUGGUGUAUGGUGAGGACAGUCACCCACCGACAAAUCACAUUUGUGUUAAGGUAUUUUAAGCUGGACUUGUGCCUUACUUUAACAUACAGAAUCAGCUCUGAUAGUCCACAUUAAAAACAAAAACUCAGCAAGUAUUCAUAUUUCAAACUGUUAACAUUUUGAGUAUUCAAAGUCUGCUCUAGACUAGACUUCCCUGUAUUAUGGUGGCUGUAGGGAGAAUGAAGGGACAUUAAGGCGAGUUCUGAAAUAAACAUUAUCUCUUUUCUUACAGUGUUCAUAUUUCUCUUUUCUUACUAUGUUCAUAUUUUCUAUUAUAACUAGACAAUAUUUUCUAUUAUAUGUAAACUCCCCUGCUGUUUGAAUUUUUCUCCCCUGAAGGAGCAACACCUGUCCUACGCAGAACUGUAUAAACGAGUCCAACCUUUGGUUCUGGGGCCUGUCUUUACACAGCCUCUAGACGGUCACCAUGCUUCCCAAACCCACUCCAUCUUUUACCCUAGAGGUAUUGCAUCCAUGGUAUUUCGGAGGCUAGCAGAGUCCCAUGUGAACUCUUGGUACAUUAAGUGUCGUUAAGUGGUAUAUUUUAAUGGCUACCUACUUUAGCAUAUUUUAGAAAGGCACCAAAAUAUAGCAUGACUAUUUCUCUGAUUAAAAAUUAAUAACUCAUUUGUUUAAGAAAUAUUUAUCAACUCUUGGUACUGAUCAGAGGCAGGGUACAGUAACAGUGGACAUAAGGAAAUAAAAGAAUUGGCCUAGUCCCUGCUGUGCAGGAGCUAAUUAAAAGGAAAAGGAAUUGCAAAUCUCUGUUAAUAAUAACAAUGAUGAUAAUAUAUUUUGCUUAGGAAUUAGCCAAGAUUCUAUCACCAAAAAAAAAAAAAAAAAGCCUUUUAAAGCUGCUUUAAACUAAAACAUGCUCUAAGUACAGAACCACUGUACCAUCUUUCUCUACUGUUAUACGACGUGCAAGAAUGCUGCUGUCUAGAAGACCUGCUCUUAAGGGACAGAUUCGGAGGCUCUGAGAUGCCGUGUGUUCUCAUCCAGCUGGCUGUCCAGCACCCUCUGCUUCCUUGUACCCAGGCAGCGAGGCUCGGUGCUGAACGCGGCCCCUCGGGACCAGUCUCCACUCUGUUCAGGAUGAACUGAGCAUGUGGACGCCUGUUGAUGGCAAGGCGUUUUUGCUGCCUUUACCCUGAUAACAGCAUUCUCUGCAAACACUUCCCCUGUACCCCACACACUCGAAAGCCAUCUGCGAUAGUGCUGCUGUGGAGUCUGCACUUGUAUCCUAACAAACAAGACCCAGGAAUGCUAAUGAAUUCAUCGUUUCUGAAAUAAGGUGAAGAGGAAAAAAAAAACUGUGACUCCUGUCAUAAUUAGUAGAUCUUCCUUCUUUUUCUAGAAUAUCUGGAUUUUUAGGAAAAGGUUAUUUUCACGAAAAAAUUUUCUAAUGUGAAUUCCGUUUUGUUUCACAUACAAGAUCUUGAUUCUGGGUGGAUAGCUGUAGAUCAAAACACAAAGGAUGUAAACUGAACACCAAACCUAAUUCCCCCAAAGCACUUCUUCAUAUAGGAGAUGGUUUUUUACAAACUCUGUCAGCACUGAUGUCUUUCCUCUGUCUAGCCCAGGAAUUUUUUAGUGUCUGUUUCUUAAAUCUCAUUUAAGAGGCAGAGUUCUUUUGAGCAAAUCAGUCAAUGUUUUGAUUUGGUCAAGAUAGGGAAUUAUGUGUAUUUAGAAAGAAGCAUAUUUUAUCUUGAAAAUAAUAUAGGAUUUUGUGCAAUAUUUUUUCUUGCAUAAUUUAGUUCAUAUAAAUAUGCACAUCUGCUUUGCAAGCAGAUGCCUUAAGGUCAUGUUUUUCAGUAUUUGUGUAAAAUUGUAUGUAGCAAUGUUCCAUGUGAUUUUGGGAGGAAAAAAUCUUUUUACUGUUAGCAGGAGAAAUGUUUUUGUUUAUUUAAAAUAAUUAUGACUAUUGCAUUAUUGUACCAUAACUGCCUCAGCAACAAUGAAUAUGCAAUAAGAGAAUCCUGAACUUUAGAUUAGUAUUGACAAUACUGUUACUUUGAAAGAAAUGUAUAUAGUGCAAAACGCUGAUUCUUCAUUUGUACAUUUCACAAAUGCUCAGUUCUGUACCACGUAAAUUGAGAUGGCAUUUGUAUGGUGAUGACGAACCAUUAUGUCGACUGUAAUAUCCUUUGUGAUGCAUCUCUGGUAAGAUUUAUAAAGGGCAUUGCCAAUACUUUUUGACUGUCUGUAAAUUAAGUUAAUUUUUGUAUAAUGUACAGUUUGUUUAACCUUAAAGCUUCUAUAGAUUUCUACUUUUUAUUAUACUUGAAUGAGGCAGAAAAGCACUGUGGAAAAUCUGUAGCUCUGGAUGUGACUUGCAAACAUACCAAAAAAACAGAACAAGGUACUGAACUGAGUAGCAAACUUAACCAGACGCUUUCUAUCCAGAAAGCUGUAUUUUUUCAAGCCAGACUUAAAUGAAGUAAUUUAAAUUAUAGCAGUCUUUUAUCAUAAAAGAUUGCUAAGUCAGAAUGAUUACCUCUUUGAUACGAUAAACCUCUGAGCCUCUUCGUCUCUGUGUUACUCCACGUCUCAGAAGAGAGCCCUGUUGAGGUAUGUUGACACCUCUGCCCUUUGGUAUAUUACAUAACUUCCAGGACAAAAUCUGACUCUCUGCAUCCUGGAUACACCAUGUGUGUCGAGCCACCAUCCUUCAGAUGGUCUAGUUUCCACGUGGUUACUCUGAGAACCACUGAAUAAUCAUAUACCAAAAAUGAGAUUUCUUGAAUCUGUUCUAAUUUAGUACUUAGAGCAAACAAAUGUGAACUGCAUGACAUCUACAGUUUAGAAUGCAUGAAGCUUUUUACACAAAAGGUACAUGUGAGGUUAAAAACUGAACUUUUCCAAAGCUUAUUUCUCUUGCUUUAAACGAAUAACUGUCUGGAAGGACUGAAAUGCUUGAGCCUUGUGCUAGACAUGAUGACGUACCUGAACACACUUGCCCAUUAUCGAGACCUCGCAUCCUUGAGGCUACAGGAUAAAUCAUCUCUGAUGUUGACUACUGUCGGGAGGACACUGUGUGUAAAAGUAUUGUUUGGGGGAUUUAAAAAUAUAUGCAAAAGUCAAUAUUGGAUGAACAACACAUUACCAUGAAGUGCCCAACAAUGCAGGUUGAAAAUAAAGUUGGUCAUAAUCAAA